UGUGUAAACAUCUCUAAAAAAAACAUUGCUAUUCCACUUCCAGCAUUAGUGCACAUUCGCCACAAUAAUUCCUACGAAUUAUUGUUUUUAGCUCUGUGUAGCUGCACUGUUAUCAUUAGUAGGGACCAGACUGGGAUAUAGUCUUUUUUUAACGUAUGCUUACAGAUGGUUCCCCCAGAUCAGAGCCUGCAAGCAUGUGCACUAUCUGGGGACUUCCGUCGCCUGCACCGCCAAGGUUCUUGGUCGGGAACAACUUCCGCGGCUUGCAGGUGAGCCCUGCUCCAGCUGCUGCUGGUGUGGCUGAAGAGGAUGUGGCCCAGGACCUUCCCCGUGCCACAACUCCUCAUGCCGCAGCUGCGAGAUGGGGGCAACCGGCAGGGCCAGGCAUCAUUGGAAAGCUGCGCCAGGUUCAACUUCUCGGUGACGCGGUCCACAAAUUGCAAGGCGUUGGUACCCUCGCCCGGGCCCUCACUGCAGCGGAAGCCACCUGCACAGUGAUUUGUAAAGACUAGUUGUACAUAUAUGUAGAUUUAUUUUUGUUCACACCACGAGUUGUGAUACGCUGGUUUGCUUCAAUGGUGCCCUGCAAUUUUUUUUCAGUUAAUUUUCUUUUUCUGCAU